CAAUCAGAGCCCAGGCGUUGUUUCGGUACAGAAUUCAAACUCGUCGACUCGACAAACAAACGUCAACCGUAGUGACAACCAAGUCCGGACCGCGUUUGCGUUGAGGAACAUUGUUUUUAAUAGAUUUUAGAAGUCUGCUGUGGGACCAUGAGAGUGAGUGAAAUCCACGCAGCAGAGUCUGUUGCUUACCUCAACAGAGCAUUGGUCAGGUUGCAGGGUAUCUGGGAUGAAAUCGGGAUUCCAGAGGAACAGCGCGUACAGAGAACCAAUGAUGUUCACAAGCACAUAAAAGGGCUGCUGGACCUAAUGAUUGUAGAAGAAGAUGAGCUCAAGAAAAGAUUAAUGAAAGACAUAAAGUCAUUCCUUGAGGAACUUAAUACUUUGUGCAGUGAACUUCAGCUGCCCCUCUUUGAGGAGGAAGAUGGCUGCACCAUAUUGCAGGUGGAGAAGAAUAGCCGUACACGUCUAGAGUUGAUGAAGGAGCACAAGAAGCAAAGAAUGGAUGAGCUUAAAGGCCUCAUGGGCAAAGACCGUGAGCUGUGCGACAUUAUGUGCACUACCCCAUUUUGCAUUAACCAAGACUCCAUCCCAUCACUGAAGCAACUUGAAGCAUAUCGUGCAUAUCUGGAGGAUCUGACCAAAGAGAAGGAAUGUCGCCAUGAUGAAUUUGUGAGCCUCAAAAAGGAGAUCAUCGUAUGCAUGGAUGAUCUGGAGCGGCAUCCAGAGACCAGUUUUGAGAUGGAUGUGAUGUGUGAGGAUGGGGAGGCAUUUUGUCUGUCAAAUGACAACAUUUCUGCUCUUAAACUACUCCUCAGUCAGUUACAAGAGAGCAGGGCUGAGAAUGAGCUCCGUUGUUCAGUUUUCCGCAUAACGAUCCAGGAGUUGUGGGAAAGACUUCAGAUUCCCCAAGAGGAGAGGGAACCCAUCUCUGAUCAUAUGGUCCUGUCAAAGAAGAGAAAUGUUGAGGCACUCCAGGCUGAGGUCCAGCGUCUAGAGGUGAUGAAAAUGCAGAGCAUGAAAACUUUUAUUGAGGCCAUCAGAGCUGAGAUUGCCAUUUUCUGGGAGAGAUGCUUCUACAGCCAAGAACAGCAGCAAGCUUUCUUUUCAUAUCAUGAUGAUGAUUUCACUGAAGACCUUCUCAACCUGCACGAGGCAGAGGUCAGGACCCUGAAGAAGUGUUUCGAAGACCACAGAGAACUCUUUGAGGGAGUCACAAAAUGGCAGGAGAAUUGGACCUUGUAUUUGGAACUUGACAAAAAGGCCAAUGACCCUUCAAGAUUCAACAACCGCGGCGGAAACCUUCUAAAGGAAGAGAAGCAGAGAGCUGACCUGCAGAAAAGUUUGCCUAAGCUGGAAAAGAGUCUUAAAGCCCAAAUUGAUGUUUGGGAGCAGGAACAUGACAAAGAAUUCCUGGUCAAUGGACAGAAAUUUCUUGAGUACGUGCAGGAGGAGUGGGAUCAACACCACGCUGAGAAGGAGAAGGAGAAACUAGAAAGGCAAAUGAAGAAAACUAAACAGACACAGGAGGACAUGUUCUAUGGAACUGCAAUGAGAACACCAUCCAAACGGCGGUUAGCCGGGACGCUCACGCCUGGCAAAGUGAGAAAGCUCAAUGGCACCUCGACCAUCUCCACUCCUAACAGCUUCCUUAGUUCAGGCCUCGGAGGAACCAUGUGCCAGUCCUCCAUCUCGAAACCACCUCUGUCUGCCAGCAAGGGUCUUGGCCUUCGAAUCCCUGGACAUGGAAAGACUCCCCGUGCAUUAGACCGAAACAAGGAAAACUUCUCCCAUCUUAGAAACACUCCAGGUGGCACACAAAGGUCUCAGGAUACUCCAGAUCACACCAUCCUUGCUGGCUCCUAUUCGGAAUUUGCGAGAGACCUCUCGAAGGCUUCUAAAUCGAGCGUGAAGCUGAACUCCACUGCUAGCCUUCAAUGAUGGGUCAAAGGAGCCGCUCCGGCACCGGACGACACCCAGUCCCACGGUAGUUUGGUGUCAUUUUAUUAUAGUGGACAAGAGGGAGAGUUUAAUGUAAACUUCCUACAAAAAAUGUAAAUAUUUCAAUCUGUGUGAACAUUUCGAGUCACCGUCACUUUUCUCUACCGUGUGUAUUUUUGUGGCAUGUUAAUGAUCGUUGUACCAAAUCUGUUGGGGCUUUUUAUCUGACGUUUUUAUUUUGGGGGUAAAGCCUUAUAAAUGAAAUGCUGUUAACCAUAUCUAGAGCACUUCUUCGUUUUAGUACUGUAGUAGCUAGCCAACGAACCAUGAUUUUAUUUCUCCAGCUCGGAUGAAAGCUAAAUUUCCUUUUCAGUGCUUUUUUUAAGAAUCCUGUAAAUAAACCUUUACGAUACCUAA